AUGUCGUUGAGAAGAUCCAGACCCAAGCAGGUUCUUGUUCACGACGAGCAGGAGCAAAACAGUGAUGAAGCCUCCAUUCCCUUGAGGAGGGCCAGGCCCAAGAAGACAAGGAGAAAGAAGAUAGUGAUACAGUCUCUCCACGAAGGCGAAGCACAGGACAGAGAGAGAGACGUUGCAAAGAACACCCAGAGGGAAAGCAGCUCUGAUACCCAAAAGUUCAGGCUCAAAAAGAGCCAUUUGAAGACCAGCGAGUCCAAGGUCAAGUUCAUUCCCUCCAAAGCUCUUCUGAACUACGAUGCUAUUUCAAUAGACGAUGCCAAUCUGGCCAAUAUUCUUGAUAUUGCCACUAGUGAGCCUGAUAACACGAAUUUCAAGGAUAACAAAGAUGGUGAUGAUGAUGGUGGCGAUAAUGGUAAUGGUGGUGAUAACAAUAACGAUAACGAUAACAAGACUAGUAAAACUUCCACUUACCUAGACUAUCUACGAGAUAAAGACUCAAAUACAAAUCCACUCCAACUAAACAAUCAAGUUCUCAACCAAGAGAUUAUAUUGGCAGGUUCUGAUUUAAGUGACUUUGAAAGAGAAAACAUGAACUACAUAUCUAUUGAAGAGUUCGACAAAUUGGAAUUAAAUCUCAAUGACACUAUAAAUAAAAAGAAAUUUAACAGGAAAUUUAACAAGAAAUUUAACAAGAAAUUUAACAAAAAUUCAUUUGAAGACGAAAGGUUGCCUUUAACAUCCCAAGAACUUGAUCAGCAAAAAAUCAAUAUCAAAAAUGAAAUAAAAAAUUUAAUCGAUCAAGCUGAAAAUGACUCAAACUAUGAUUCUGAUCAAGACCAAGAAAUUUUCGAAUGGCAAUUCAACCAAUUCCAAAAUUCAAAUAGAAAUACUACUAACAAUUCCAUUGAUAAUCCUAUUGAUAACAAUAUUAAUAAUAACCAUAUUAUAGUUUUCCCAAAGAUUAAAAAUUAUCACGUAAUCUCGCUCGAUCAACAUCUAAUUAAACUAAAUAACUUAUAUAAUAAUCUAUCCAAUCUAUCUGGAAAAAAUGAAAAAAUCUUAAAUCAACUUGAACUAAAAAAAAAAGAUAUUCAAUUACAAAAAAGUGAAAUUCAAAACGAUUUGAAAAAAUUGGGCGUUAAAUUUGAAAAUAUCAAAUUAUAA